AUGGCUUCCUUGACAGCCCCAUCAUUUGAACAUGUAUUUAUGGCUAACGAUGCACAUGUGCAUGACCCACAACAUCCUUCAAUGCAUGCAUCAACUCAAACAGUGCCAUUCUUGCCACCGUACGUGUCAGUUCCACCACACGUGAUGCCUCAGCACAUCCCAUUCGCACCCUUCGGAGCGGCUUCAUCAGCUCAUGCACAUGCUGCAGUAGCAAGUAUUCCUACGCUGCCUCUGCAAAUGAUGAAUACGCAUGAAUCUUUUGCUGAUUCAACCAGUAUGGCCAUGCUGCCCUUGAAGUCAUUCAACACGCAGACCACCUCGGAUACGGCCGCGGUGCCCUCCUCAGCCAUACCAGAUCACACGUCGCUGAAAACCACGUCGGGCGGCUCGUGUGCAUGGAAGCGCAGGCCAGGACGCCCACGCAAAUAUUCUGCAUCGGUGCAUCAAAUAAGCAAGAAUGGCAUCCAACCGAGGCUGACGACAUCAUCACUGACUAUCUCGCCGUCGAUGGCGAAGCAGAGCCUCAAGUCGCGCUUGCGACCACCGAAGCAGCCGCUGACAGCGUGGCAAUUGUACUUCACGGACGAGCUGCGCAAACUCAAAGCUGCAUCACCAAAUGAGCGCUUGAAUGUCGCUCAGCUCGCGAAGGACGCUGGUCAGCGGUACGCGUCUCUGCCAGAUGACAAGCGGCAGCAGUACUUUGUACGUGGCCAAGAAGCGCGAGGUCAAUAUGAGGCGGCCUUAGCUACAUGGCGGGCACAGCUGACGCCUGAGGAGAUCCGACAUGAAAACAUGAUUCGUACAGCUAGGCGGCGGAUGGGCCAGUCUAGACGGGGAAAUUUACGUGAUCCUAAUGCACCAAAGAAGCCUUUGUCGGCAUACUUUCUGUACUUGCGUUCGAUUCGCGCCGACCCAGAGCAGAGAGAGGAUGUUUUGCGUGGCGAGCACGAUACGACCAAGCAGAGUGUACUUGCGGCAGCGAAAUGGCGUAGCCUCAAUGCCGAUGAGAAGCGGCCCUUCGUCGAGCAGGCAGAAUGUGACAAACGCGCGUAUGAACAAAGGCGUCAGGCGUAUGAACAAUCACGCACGCUAUCGGGUUCUUGA